UCAGCCCCUAGGCAGCGGCCGUGGGCAGCGCCGGCCGCCAGGCGGGUACACACCCCCGCCCCGGCAGCUCUCUCUAGGACCUGCGAUGAGUUUGCUCGCCGGAGCCGGCCUCAGCGCCUGCGCGAAGGGAGGCGGCCGAGCCCCUUAUCCCCAUGGAGAGCGCCGAGACCGAACCGAGCGAUAGCCGCCCGGAGGAGGAUGGCGUAGCGCCCAGCAGCUGCCUCCCGCCUCCGGAGCAGCCCGUAGCGACGAUGGAAGACUGUUUGGCAAAAAAAAUGGAAAUCACCGUUUCAGAAGCUGAAAAACGGACUGGGAGGAAUGCCAUGAAUAUGCAGGAAACAUACACAGCUUACCUCAUUGAGACAAGAGCUGUUGAGACACAGAGUGAGGGGCAGUGUGCCCCAGUGGACUCCCUGUGGCGACGUUACAGUGAAUUUGAGUUGUUGAGGAAUUACUUGUCAGUUACCUAUCCCCAUAUUGUUGUUCCACCGUUGCCAGAAAAAAGGGCUGACUUUGUUUGGCAUAAGCUAUCAGCAGAUAACAUGGAUCCAGAUUUUGUGGAAAGAAGAAGAAUUGGUUUGGAAAACUUCUUGUUACGUGUGGCUUCACAUCCUGUUCUUUGCCAAGACAAAAUCUUUUAUUCAUUUUUAACACAGGAGACUGGAUGGAAAGAAAUGGUAAAUGACACUGGAUUUCAAUUAAAGGCAGAUUCCAGAUUAAAAGCUCUUAAUGCAACAUUCAGAGUGAAAAACCCAGACAAGAGAUUUACUGAGCUAAAACACUAUAGCGAUGAACUGCAGUCUGUCAUAUCACACCUUCUGCGAGUCAGAGCUCGGGUGGCAGACCGGCUGUAUGGUGUCUAUAAAGUCCAUGGCAACUAUGGAAGAGUAUUCAGUGAGUGGAGUGCAAUAGAAAAGGAGAUGGGGGAUGGGUUGCAGAGUGCUGGUCACCACAUGGAUGUAUAUGCAGCUUCUAUUGAUGACAUACUGGAAGAAGAGGAACAUUAUGCAGAUCAGCUGAAAGAAUAUCUCUUCUAUGCAGAAGCACUACGGGCAGUUUGCAGGAAACAUGAACUAAUGCAAUACGAUUUGGAAAUGGCUGCACAGGACCUAACAACUAAGAAACAGCAGUGUGAGGAACUUGCAACAGGAACUGUGAGAACGUUCUCUCUAAAAGGCAUGACCAGCAAGCUCUUUGGGCAGGAAACCCCUGAGCAGAGGGAAGCCAAGAUAAAGGUUCUAGAAGAGCAGAUACAAGAAGGAGAAGAACAACUGAAAUCCAAAAAUCUGGAGGGCAGGGACUUUGUGAAAAGUGCCUGGGCUGACAUCGAACGGUUUAAAGAGCAGAAGAACCACGACUUGAAGGAGGCGCUCAUAGGCUACGCGGUUAUGCAGAUCAGCAUGUGCAAAAAGGGAAUUCAAGUUUGGACAAAUGCAAAGGAAUGCUUCAGCAAGAUGUGAUUGUCUGGAAAUGAAUUUCUCCUCCAAGUGCCAGAAGAUGGAAGCACAACUGUAAAACACCAAUGUUAAGUUGCUACAUGACUUACAUACAAACCAUGUAAUAAAUGAAUCGAGUGAAUAGUUUUUCUUUCUGAUGAUUGUACGUGUUAAUAAAGGACAAAGAGGACACGUUUUUAAAUGUUAAGCCCUGACUGCCACUUUUGUGGUAUGUUUUAUAUGUGGUAGCAAAUAAUUCAGGGGUAAAAGACUUAUUGAAAACUACAGCUCUGUACUGGGGCAAAGCUAUAGGGAAAGUUAUCCCAAAAAAUACGAACUGCUAUGUUCUGAGACUUGUGAAACACCAUGCCCUGUAACAUGUAGAUCACUUCCAGAUGCCCUUCUUUUCAGCCCUUGCUAUUUAGAAUUUGUAAUGCUCAAGGGUGCUUUGGAUGUAUAAUGAGGGACAGAGUUGUGUUCUUGAGGUCUACACCAUAAGGGGACAAAAAUGAAAUACUCUUACAGCAAGGGUUCAUAUUUAAAUGCCUUUGUGUGUCCAUGGAGAAAAGAGCUUUUCCAGAGUUCAGGUUAAGCAGUCUCAAGUUCCUGAGAUGUUUGAAACUCUACAGUAGAGGUGUUGUGCAAUGUUUUGAUACAAUAUUCUACAUUAUCUGGUUCCCAUUUAAAUUUUGAUACGGGCAUUGACUUCUUAUCAGAUAUUUUCCUGCAAGUACGGGGACUAUGAUCCAGCUGAGCAGCAAGCCAAAGUCAAAGCUGGUAAGAGGCAGAUGCAACUUCUGUUUGGUUGUUGGAACCUGUUUAUGCCAGGUGUGAGUCUGGCCUUUGGUACCUCUUCUUGAACUGAAGUGGUCUGGUUCUUGAAAUAAUAGUUCUUCAUGAAGAUGCUGAAAUAAACCUGGUGCAACUUCUGUAGUACUUCCGAGCAGUGAUGUGCAAAAUCCACAAUGAACCAAGGUGUCUGUUUGGCUCUUGUUAUGAUGUUUCUGUGUAUGUGUGUGUAUAUAUAUAUACACACACCAGUACAACAUGAUUUGCAGUUACAGGUACUAGCAUUAAAUGUUUCCAAUCACAAAAACACUCACCACUGUCUGCUGUUGGGCUUUUUCUACUUAUGUCCCUGAAGUCUUGUGGAGUUUGUUAGGCUUGAUUGCUAGUCCUAAAGAAAGCUUUGUAAUGUUCUGUUGAAGUAUGUAAUUCUGGAUCAUAACACUACUCAGAUUUUGAGGGGGUUUUGUUUGUUUUUAAGAGAUACCCCAGGAAGUCCUUAAAUGUCCUUUUGAUAAACAGUUGCUGAUAUGUCCCAUGUUACUUUUGUCUCUGCAACAUUUCUUUUCUGUAAAUCCAUGAUAAAGAACUAGUAGGCCUGGUGUAUACUACAGUGUAAAACUCUGAAGUACAAUGCUUGGUCAGUCUAAAUUGUUCUGGCUUUUUUCAAGGCAUGUGGCAGUGGCACUCCUGUCUGAGAGAUGGCUUUGGGCAGAAGGAGGUCUCUCUGUUUAACACUGAGAGAGAAGCGUUGUUCUGUUCAGAGACUGCAGUAUCCAGUUCCAAUACAGGUUGAAGGACUCUUACAUUCCAAACCAAGAAGUUGCACACCUGAUGUAUUCAGUAAACCUUCUAAAGGAGUGGUGCCUUAAUACAAUACCAUGAGGCGCUCAGAGUAGGGAUUUUUCAUGCACUUUGAUUUUUGGUAGAUCUUUCUGGUGCCUCUUUCUACAUUUCACUUGCUGUACAGCUAAUUAAAUGUAUUAGUAUGCCUUUUUUUUUCCUUGCUAGUUGUACUAAAUUUAAGAAGGGAACAAAACAGUUCUUGUAAGUUUUGUGCCAAAUCAGCUAAAUAAAAUUGCUCUUUGA